GCAGUGAAACACAGAUUUGACAUGAACAGUUUGUAGUACGGACAUUUCGACUCUCAGUCGCUAUUUCACCUCCUCAAUUAUUCGUACCUGAACCGUUGUUAUUUUUUUUUUGUUAUAGAGUAAGCAUAGUUAAAAGUUGAAUUCAAUCAGUAUUCGUGAAAGUGAUUCUAAUCAAAUAAAAGUUUUAUUCUAGUUGAAUUAAAAGGGGUAUAAAAAACGUUAAUAAAACCCCCUAAUUAACUACACAAAGGAUUUGUAGUUGAACUUGUAUAGAGGUAUAUUGUCUAAUAAAAUGGAUUUAAAUUUAUGUGAAAUAAUAACAAUCGUGAGUGGUAACUGUUUUUGUGUUUUCAAAAUUUAAGUGCAAGUGUUAAUAUAUGAAAUGGGCACUAACAUCAGGAUAUUUAUUAAAUUUGUGGUACAGUGUUGAUGCUGAGAUCUAUUAGACAGAGUGCCGGGUGCUAGUUCAGUUUACAACCGUAAAUUUCACAAUAUAGUUUAAUAACACGUAUACCUAGGACCAGGUGUUCCAUUGGUGGCAAAGAAAAGCAACUGAUUAAAAAUGGACCUAAGGAUAAUGAUAUACUUGUUAGUAAUUUUCUUCGUAACAACAACAGCACAAGAAGAUUGGGAAACACAUUGUAACAAAUGCCAUUGUUUAUGGGUUAGCGGGAGGAAGACAGCCAACUGUGCCGGUCGAAAUUUCGACAUAAUCCCAAACGAUUUGAGCGACGAUAUUAGAGAUAUAGAUUUUUCAAAUAAUUUUUUCUAUUCCCUAGAUUACAAAGUAUUCGAUAACGCUCAUCUAAUAAAUGUACAUAAAUUGAAAUUGCAAAACUGUACGAUAGAAAAAAUAAGUCAAGGGGCGUUCAUUGGAUUAGGUCUAGUGAUUGAAUUGGAUUUGAGCAUGAAUAACAUAGCGGUGUUGGACAAGAACGUCUUCCGACCUGCAGUCAGACUGAGAACCUUAAUAUUAAGUCAUAACAAACUAACCGUUCUGGAAGACGAACUAUUUUAUAAUUUGACUUAUUUUCAGAAGAUUCUUUUGGAUCACAACGAGAUUCAGACAGUGUCUUCUAAAACUUUUCAAAAUUUACCGAUGUUGAUGCAUGUAUCUUUAGCUCACAACAAAAUUCAACGAAUAUCUUUCGACGUUCACGAACAAUUACCCAAAUUAACAAGCAUAACUUUAGGAAACAAUCCGUGGAUUUGCGAUUGUCGAUUAGAUAAGAUCCGAAGGAGUGUUAUUAUAAAUAAUCUGAUAUCCGGAGAAGACGUUAUUUGUGUUGGACCACAAAAAUUAAAGGGUAGAUCGUGGAUGGAGGAAUCUGUAAUAUUUGCAUGCGUUCCUAAAGUAUUAGAAGUAGGUCCUAACAGUAUUAUCCAAGCAGCCACGAAUAACGUCACCCUCACUUGUAAAGUUACAGGUACCCCUGUACCAGAUGUCGAUUGGAUGAACGGGGGAAUUAUAAUAGAAAGAGAUCCCAGGAAAGAUAAACAAAAAUAUAUAACCUCCAAAAAUACCAUCGGUGAUUAUACAUGGAAUAAUCUGACCAUAAUUAAUUUGAAUUAUAAGGAUAGAGGAGAAUAUAAAUGCAUAGGAAAGAACCCCGGAGGAGAAAGUGAAAAGAGCGUCACUUUAGACAUUCCCCCAGGAGCGUUGUCGGGGGGAACGUUCGUAGGAACGUUAUCGACUAAUACAUACUUAGUCAUUGGAUUGGCGAUAGGCAUAAUCGUUGUACUACUAAUUGUCCUUAUUAUCCUUUUCUGUUUCUGCAGAAAAAAUACCCACGGAUUUUAUUCGAAGAGACGACCUCAUCCUAAUACAUCGGAAGAAUAUAUUAAUAUGAGCGGAGGACAAGCUGAAAUUAAAAAAGGACUUAUAACUGAUGUUAAUCCCGUUACUAAACCGCCUAGAACGACAGUCUCUCCUUCGGUGAUCAGUGGAGGAACGGAAGUCAGCGAUGCCAAAAGAACAUUGCUGGACAAUGAAUCUGUUUUUGAUUGUGACGAAGAAACUCGUUCUCUGGACUUCGAUCAACCACUUCUCCGAAAAGCCCACGUUUUACUAGACGCGCCUCCGCAUCAUUAUCCGCCCGAUUUAUUACCAUUCCCUCCUAGAGCAGCUCAAGUAUCCCCUGCUGGAAGCUCGGCAUCGACUGUAGCUGAUACAACCCGUCUUCCACCGCAUCAUGGACCUCAAUCUCCUAUCAACAGUCCAAUUUACGAUCAACUUAGCGUUUAUCGUACUCUACCUUAUUCCAGAUCUCAUUCACCAUUCGUUGGACCGCCGAUUAGAGUACCACGUACUGGAUACGUUACGAUUCCGAGACGUCCUAGAAUGCAAAGUUGGAGUUCUGAACCACCGAACGCGGGAGAUAUGAUAGUUGAACCUCUGUACGAUAAUUUAGGAGCUAGGACUACUGCCGACGGGGGUACUAAUAGUACUUUAUCUUUAAAUAAACUAGAGAGCAAUACCAGUACCCCUAGGUCUAACAGAGUACUGGCGUUAAGUCCAACAAAUUGCGAUCCAAUAGCGGAGACUCACGAAUCUCCACCAAGCCAAGUUCUUGUCAGCCAAACCCUUCCUAGAAAUUUAAAUGCCACUAAACUAACACCAUCAAAACUCCAAUGGACUAAGGAUAACGCUGAAGCCUUACGAAGUCCCGAAAAAAGAAAUUCCUCGUCAUCCUUGCCACCAGAUGGACAACCUAUGAAAAAAAUACCUCCAAGACCACCGCCAAAACCUAAGAAGAGGAUCUCAACUGGCCCAUUAUUCGAAGACGAAGGAGAAGAUGGAACAGAAGUGUGAGAUUGGCUAAAAUCAGUGCUCGUAGCACUGGUUGUGACAUAAUGAGGUCCAAAAACAUGUAGUGACAGGGUUAAGAGACAGCGUGGACUGAUUAAUUGUAUACAUUUUACGAAACAGUGCCUUAAUAAACGUGAACAAUGAACCAUUAAUUGAAUAUAAUACAUAAUUAUUAUAUUAAACCAGUUUAAAUAAUGCUUCGAAUUCCCUGAAUGUUAUGCAUGUUAUCCUUCGGGCUUCCACUUCGACUGAUGCUGUAAAAAACAUUCUUUAUUGAGCGCAAAGUAGAUUUUUUUAUUGUAAUUGGUAUAAAUUGACUACGAGUAAAAUUUUUUCGUUACAAAUUUAUUUAUAAUACAUAUUUAUGAAUAAUAACGUAUUUAAAGUUUGUACUAUUUGAAUGCAUAACUGAUUAUAAUCACUAAUUUAAUACCAACCGUGCCCAUCAUACUUAACUUAUUUUGUACAGCUAUGGGGUUGUAACUGAAAAGUACCAUUUCCAUGGUGUUAAAUAAGCAUUUCCUAUAAGGACUUGACAACUUUUUUCAAAAUAAAA